AUGAACGUUCUGAAACUUCAAAAGAAGUAUCCGCAAUUCCAACAGAACGAGUUAUUCUCUCUCCAGGAAGCCUUCAGAAAGCUAGAUGUUGAUGACAAGGGCUAUCUCGAUGAGGCCACUGCAAUUAAGGCAACGCAGCAAUCGGAACGACAACCAUAUGACGUCGUGAGACAAGCAUUGAAAGAAGUGGAGCUCGACAGUUCCCGCCGGGUCGAAUUUGAAGACUACGUUGACCUUAUUUCAAGGGUCCGCGGGCUUGCUGAUACGCCUGCUAGAGUUCCUGGCGCUUCUGUUCAGGCUGCAACUCCUCUGCCAGGGAACGGUGUAGGCUCAUCUCGUCAUGUUUCCAAAGGAAGCGUCGGAGGCAAAAUCCACGUCCCAGGAUCUUCUGCCAAUGUAACUCACACAAUCAACGAGGAUGAAAGGCGUGAAUUCACAAGGCACAUCAAUGCCGUGCUAGCUGGCGACCCCGACAUUGGCCAUCUCUUGCCAUUCCCCACAGACACGUUCGAGAUGUUUGAUAAAUGCAAGGAUGGGUUGGUCUUAGCCAAGCUUAUUAAUGACAGUGUGCCAGAUACUAUCGAUGAACGUGUCUUGAACAAACCUGGCAAUAAGAUUAAACAGCUAAACGCCUUUCACAUGACAGAGAACAACAACAUUGUGAUAAACUCUGCAAAAGCUAUUGGGUGUUCUGUUGUCAACAUCGGCAGUGGUGACAUUAUCGAAGUGCGGGAACACCUGAUUCUGGGAUUGAUCUGGCAGAUCAUACGUCGCGGUCUCCUAGGAAAAAUCGAUAUCAAGCUUCAUCCAGAACUUUACAGGCUCUUGGAGGAUGAUGAGACGCUUGAACAAUUUCUUCGAUUGCCCCCAGAGCAGAUUCUACUCCGUUGGUUCAAUUAUCACUUGAAAAAUGCCAAAUGGGAGAGAAGGGUUACCAAUUUCUCGAAUGAUGUUAAGGAUGGAGAGAAUUAUACUGUCCUCCUUAACCAGUUGGCUCCUGACCUCUGCUCUCGUGCACCUCUUCAGACAAGAGACCUACUUCAACGUGCAGAGCAAGUCCUGACGAAUGCGGAAAAGCUCAACUGCCGCAAAUUCUUGACUCCUACAUCGCUUGUUGCUGGAAAUCCGAAACUGAAUCUUGCAUUCGUCGCCAACCUUUUCAACACUCACCCAGGUCUCGACCCGAUUACAGAGGAAGAGAAACUUGAAGUUGAAGACUUUGAUGCCGAAGGAGAACGAGAAGCUCGAGUGUUCACUCUUUGGCUGAACUCCUUGGAUGUGCAGCCUCCUAUCAAUUCACUAUUUGACGAUCUUCGAGACGGAACGAUCCUAUUGCAGGCUUACGACAAAGUCAUUCCCGGCAGUGUAAACUGGAAGCACGUAAACAAGCCACCUGCAUCUGGUGGGGAAAUGAUGCGUUUCAAAGCUGUGGAGAACACGAACUACGCCAUCGAGUUGGGGAAGCAAAACCGCUUCUCUCUCGUAGGUAUUCAGGGAGCCGACAUCACGGAUGGACAACGUACUUUGACUCUCGGGUUGGUAUGGCAGCUUAUGCGAAAAGAUAUCACGAAUACCCUUUCUUCUCUGGCCCGGCGGUUGGGCAAGCAUGAAAUCACUGAUGCAGAAAUGAUCCGCUGGGCAAAUGAUAUGUCUCGCAAAGGCGGUCGAACCUCUUCAAUACGCAGCUUCAAAGACGCCUCUAUUGGUACAGGCGUGUUCCUCUUAGACGUCCUCAAUGGCAUGAAGAGCAAUUACGUCGAUUACGAUCUUGUGACGCCGGGCCUAACCCCUGAAGAUGCAUAUGCAAAUGCGAAGUUGAGCAUCAGCAUCGCUAGAAAGAUGGGUGCGACUAUCUGGCUAGUGCCUGAGGAUAUCUGUCAAGUGCGGUCCCGUCUUGUGACAACUUUCAUUGGUAUGUAUAUUGGGCAUCAAGUCGUUUCUUCGUGGGCCCGAGUCACUGUUUCUAGUGCUUGGAAUGCUGACGGCGACUCAGGUUCUCUUAUGGCCACGUUUGAGAAGAUGUGA